UUAUUAUAUUUAGUCAUACAAACAUAAUAUAGAAGUGCGAACAGGUCCACAAGACUCAAGCACUUUUUCAGUGAUAAAUUUUUUCUAUAGAGUUUGAAUUUUAUUUUUUUCAUUAAAACCACUGAGACUAUAGAUUGAUAUAAGACGAAUGAAAUUAUAUUGAUAAAAAUGAAUGUGAACCGUUUUGCUGAUUUUAACCUCAAAUCCAAUGACACCGACAGGCUUCUAGAAGCAUGUGCCACAUGCACUCCACAGCAACUUGAAGCAGUCGAUUUCUAUGGCAAUACAGCUCUACUUAAAGCUUGCUAUUUGGGUAACCUUGAAGCUGUGCAGGUACUCUUAUCAUUCAAUGUGAAUUUACAUGCCAUCAACUAUUUUGGACAAAACGCAUUGACCUUAGCAGCAUAUGCUGGCUCCCUCGGCGUGGUUUGCGAAUUAUUAAAGUACCGGAGCUACACUGAUUUUACCUUAUCAUCGAUGAUUCCGCCAAUUUGUGUGGCAGUUCUAAAAGGCCACAAAAAUUUGAUGGCGUUUUUCGAAAACAUGCACCCGAUGAGCUUCCGCAGUGUUCAUGGAUUAACUGUAGGCGAUUUACAUAAUAUGCAAGAGGAAAAUAUGGGUCAAAAUGGAUAUUGUAAUAUUUUCGAAAAUGUGUUCAAAUAAAAGAAUGAUUUAUGUUUUUUUUUACCUUAAGGCUCAAGAGAAUUAUAUGUAAAGUUAAUUGUUGUCUUAAAUAAUGGUAAACUAGUAGUAGGAUAAUUUCGUGUGUUGUAAAGUAUAUUUUAUCAAUAAAUUGUCAUAUUUAUAAA